UGUGUCAUAAAUUUUCGAAAACUUGUCGUUUAUACUCCGUCUUCAUACACUAGCAUCCUACAUCAUCCUAAAGCAGGGUGAAAUAUACCUCAAAGGAGUCGCACACUUAAUCCAUAAAAGCAAAGGAUUGAUCAAUCGCCACGUGGAUUAAUCUGUUGGGCAACAUUUAAUGCUUGCAAAACACUUGAAUGCAACAGCAAAGCAAAAUUAGUGAGAGAAAGGACACAUGCUGCAUGUGUAAGGGGUUAAUACUAUUUAAAAUUGAAUUGGGGAAGAAGAGUCUUGUUAGAGUAAAAUUGAAGCAAUGAAUGGAGUUCAUGAAGAUAUGUUAGGUGAAGUGAGAACAACAUUCAGGAGUGGAAGAACAAGAGGUGUUGCAUGGAGAAAAGCACAACUUCAAGCCCUUCUUAAGCUCCUUACUGAAAAAGAAGAUGAGAUCUUUGAAGCACUUAAACAAGAUGUUGGAAAACACCCUGUUGAAGCUUAUCGUGAUGAAGUUGGUGUGGCGAGGAAAUCAGCUACCCUUGCUUUGCGCUGUUUUGAGAAGUGGAUGGCCCCUCAAAAGGGCCGAAUACCAUUAGUUUUCUUUCCUGCAAGAGGGGCAGUAGUAUCAGAGCCACUGGGAGUGGUGCUCAUAUUUGCAUCCUGGAAUUUUCCCAUCUCCCUGGCUUUAGAUCCGAUGAUUGGAGCAAUUUCUGCUGGAAACGCAGUUGUCCUCAAACCUUCAGAACUAGCACCAAAAUGCUCCUCUUUUCUAGCCAAUACAAUACCUCUUUACAUGGAUCCAGAAGCUAUUAGAGUUGUUGAAGGGGGAAAAGUCGUAGCAGAACAACUAUUGCAGCUCAAAUGGGAUAAGAUAUUUUUUACAGGUAGUCCACAAGUUGGGCGCAUUAUAAUGUCAGCAGCUGCGAAGCACUUAACACCUGUAACCCUAGAGCUGGGUGGAAAAUGUCCUGCCAUCUUUGACACACUAUCUAAUUCCUCUGAUUUACAGGUGGCUGUCAAGAGGAUAGCAGGUGGAAAGUGGGGAACAUGCAAUGGACAAGCAUGCAUAGGAAUCGACUAUGUGCUCGUGGAAAGACAAUUUGCUUCAGUUCUGAUCGAACUAUUGAAGAAGUUCACCAAGAAAUUUUAUGGUGAAAACCUGAAAACUUUGGAAAAUCUCUCCAGAAUCGUGAACAAGCACCACUUUGAUAGAGUACACAAUCUUCUCAAAGAUCCAAAAGUUGCAGCAUCCGUUGUUUAUGGAGGCUCAGUAGAUGAGGAAAACAUGGUUAUUGAGCCAACAAUAUUGUUGAAUCCGCCUCUUGACACUGAUAUCAUGACUGAAGAAAUAUUUGGCCCAUUGCUUCCAAUCAUCACACUGAAUAAUAUUGAAGAAAGCAUUCAGUUCAUAAACUCGAGGGAAAAACCUCUUGCAAUAUAUGCAUUUACCAAGAAUGAUUCGUUGAAGGAGAAGAUCUUGCAGGAAACAUCUUCCGGAAGUCUGACUUUCAAUGAUGCUGUAAUUCAGUUUAUAUGUGACACAUUACCAUUCGGAGGUGUUGGUCAGAGUGGUUUAGGACGUUACCAUGGGAAGUUCUCUUUUGACACGUUCAGUCAUGAAAAAGCAGUUCUACAUAGGAGCUUCUUAAUUGAGUUGGAACCAAGGUAUCCUCCAUGGAAUAAUUUCAAGAUGGAGUUUGUCAGAUUGGCUUACAACUAUGACUACAUUGGUCUUGUACUGCUCUUGCUGGGGUUGAGAGGAAUAUUCAGAACAAAUCGAAGGCAGUAGAAGAUGAACUCUUCUCAGUCAAAUAAGGGUAAAUCCAUCAAACAAAAGUGCCUUACCGAUCACCAAGAAAGCUAAAUGUUGUCACUCCCUUGCUCCUGUGGGAAGUUUUGGGUGUGAAACUAAUUUAGAAUCGUCAUUUCUAUCCAGAAAUCCACUGAAGUAGUUUUAUUUGUCUCUCUACUUGCCUAUCAAGUAUAUUAUUAUAAACAAAAUAAAAGAAAUAUGUUUGAUAAUAGACUGCUAGCGGGGAUUUGGAAUUAGGAUUUUGUUCAAUUCUAAUAGAAGAAUAGACAAAGUAAUACAGUAAGUUAAAGCGAAGUUGCCACUUA